GUCUUCCCCAGUUGCUGGGUCCCACGCCAACCAUGUUGUCAACGUCCUUACGCCGGGCUGCAUGGGCGCCUCUGUCCGGCAUCUCUCGUUCCACCCAGAAUGUCCCUUCCUCCGUGCUCGGCGCAACCCGACAUGUGCACCAGCGUCAGUACUCCUCUUCCUCCUCAAAACCGCCGGUCCCGCCCAGCGAUGGCUCUCGCCGAAUGGAUACCUCGACCCCGGCGAAGGGUGUGAACUCGUCUGGCGAGAAGGGCAAGUCUGCCCGCCGACGUGGGAAGGAGAAUGGUGCUCGGAACGGUUCUUCGAAAGCUAGUCAGCAGCAUGCGGCGUUUUCGAAGCUUCCGAGUGUCCCCUCGACCCAGCACCGCCAGCCGCAUGACGUCCACGUCGCCUCUUUCUUCUCCAUCCAUCGCCCCAUCUCCGUGACCACCACCGUCCCUCCCAUCUCGACUCCCGAAGCCUUCGAUGCGAUCUUCUCAAAGAAGUUCCUGAAGAACGAGGCUGACGAUGUCAUCUUCACCCUUUCCUCGACUGUCCAGACCAUGGAAAACCCGGCACCCGUCAUGGCCGAGUCCGAGGACCAGUUCAACCAGCUUCACCAGAGCUUCACAACCGAUGCGAACGGGGAUCUGCGCAUGCUCGAUGGUCCCGAGGCCGGAAUGACCGUGGAGGAAUACACCCGUCGUCUCCGUCCCUUCCACCCUCCCCCUCCUCCCGUCCCUAUGGACAUGCAGUCCUCGGCCGAUGCCCUGACUGAGCAGGAAACUUCGACCUACUCCACUGUCCUGACGAUCCGGGAGCAGCGCCAUGCUGACGGUCGCAAGACCUACGAGGCCUCCACCGGCCCCUUCGUUCGCAGUGAUAUGGAGGAUCCCGAGCAUGGAUUCACCAUCGAUGCUCCUACCGGGUCCACCUCUGGCAUGACAUACAUUGAGCGUGUGCGCCACAACCGGACCAUGCAUGCGAUCAGCACCAAGAGACGGCGCAAGAUCAAGAUGAAGAAGCACAAGUUCAAGAAGCUGAUGCGGAGGACACGCACCCUUAGACGGAAACUCGACAAGGCUUAG